GAAUGGCUGGCUACACCCGAACCCUGUCCGACUCCGUGGGCGCCUGAUUCUCUGUUUUGUACCCGUUUUUCUCAAACUCCUUUGCCGCCGCCGCCGCCGCCGCCGCCAGUCUCGCGCUCCGGCGAAGGGUGUUUACCCAGGGGACCAUGGAGGAGUACGGAGGGGGAGACCUCCUGAGCGAGGCGAUGGGCUCUGCGGCGCGGGUGGUGGUGGUAGAGGACUGCGUAGAGGCCCCGGGGGCCUUCGUCCUCCACCUCCUGCUCAAGCGCGCGCUCGCCGGCGGCGGGGCAGCUGCCUUCCUCGCCCUCGCGCAGCCCUUCACCCAUUACGACCGCAUCCUGCGCAAGAUGGGAUGUAACCUUUCCCUGCAUAGAAGGAACGAGAGGCUUCAUUUCUUCGAAUUGCAAGCAUUCCCAGCUGCAGGUGGAGCUAGGGACGGUGCCAUUGCUGAUUGUUUUGUUCGACUGUACAGUGAAAUUCAAAGAGUGGUGGAGGCAACCAGGACCGGAGAAAAUGCAGGCCAAUUCACCAUCACGAUAGAUGAUGUUUCACUUUUGGAAGUUGCAGCCCAUGGUUCCGUAGACAAUGUGCUGGACUUCUUGUAUUAUUGUGUGACACUUACAUCUGAGAUGAAUUGCUCCCUGGUGAUCCUCAUCCACGAGGAUAUAUAUGCAGUCGAGGAGAACAUGGGUCUCCUUUUACAUCUGCGCCACAUUGCAGAUCUUGUGGUUAAAGCAGCACCUUUGAGCACAGGUUUGGCUGCUGAUGUUCAUGGCCAGCUUUCUGUGGUCAACAAGGGUACGUUCAGCGAGCAAAGGGCAAAAGCGCAGAAAGUAUGGAGCUUCCAUUUCAAAGUGAAGGAGAAUGGUACUGACUUCUUCUAUCCAGGGAGCAGACACUAGGGAGUACUACUUUGUAAUUGUAAUACUGGCUACUUUGUUACUGUAAUACCGGCUGAGAUGACUUUGUGUGAUA